AUGAUAAAUGUGAAUACAUCAUUAUGUUGUGAGUUUGUUAAGAGUAUUGAUAAUGAAAAUGUAUCUGCACUGAAAUGUUUUAAUACUAUGAAUGUAAUUAUUGAUCGUCAAACAGAUCUAAAAAAAUGGUUUUUGACGAAUGUUGAAGGACCACAUUUAGCAGAAUUGGAGGAAUUUCAAGAACGUGAUAGUAGAUGGGCAUUAAGGGAGGUAGUUCAUUUCAGAAUACAUAUAAACAAAUGUCAAUUAUUAAGAGGCUCAUCAUAUAUAGAAUUACCAAAAUGUAUUAAAACGAAACAUGCCUGUGUGAAUGUUAAAAAUAAUGAUGAAGCUUGCUUUGCAUGGGCAGUAACUUCAGCUCUUCGUCCAGUAAAAGAUCAUGAUGACCAUUUUGAUUAUGAUAGUAUCAAACAUGAUAAUGAUGAUAUCACAAUUAAAUAUCAUUUUUGCUGGAUAAAAAAUUUUAGGCUUAUAUCAAGAGAAAUGAGUAAACACGAUGGGGCAAUAUACAUAUGCGAUCGAUGUCAACAAUAUUUUGUGUCUGAAAUAAAAUUAAUAAAACAUAGUGAAGAAUUUGAACAGUAUAAUAAAUGUAAAGUUGUUUUACCAAAUCCAGAUAAAAAAAUAAUGAAAUUUAAAAACUUUGCAAAUAAAGAGCGUACAGUCAUUUCUGUUUAUGUUGACUUUGAGUUGUAUGAAAAUUGUUUUGAUGGUGAUAAUGAUAAAUUUAAAUUACUAACGCGAAAGGGUGUAUUCCCAUAUGAUUAUAUAAGUGAUUUAACUAAAUUAGAUGAACAAUCUCUACCAUCAAUUGAUAUGUUUUUUAAAACUUUAACUGAUUCAAAAAUUUCAAUUGAUGGAGAAAGGGUGGUAAAAUUACGAACACGAUGGCUUGGUCGAUAUGGGGUAAAAGUAUUGAUUGCUAAACCAAACUUUUAUAAUCGUACAAUAUUCAGUGAAAAUUUAGUAGCAAUUGAAUUGAAAAAUCUAACUUUAUAUUACGAUAGACCGAUGAUUGUGGGAAUGGUUACUUUAGAUAUUGCAAGAACUAAAAUAAAUGAUUUUCAUCAUGGUUAUGUCAAACCCAAAUUUGGUAAUAAGGCUAAAGGAUUGUAUACCGAUACGGAUUCAAUAAUCUAUAUCGUUGAGACCGAUGACAUAUAUGAUAUUAUUAAAGCAGACAUACAUAAAUUUGAUACAAGCGAUUAUGAACCGAAUAAUAUUUAUACUGUAUAUAUGAUACUGUAUUAUCGCUAA